AAACAUUUUACUACAGCCCGCAGUGAUGUGAUUGGCUGUUGUUACUGCCGUAAAUCGAGGUUGUUUCAAGACGCAUGGGAAGCUCUGAGAAACGAUAACAUGGAAACAAAAACCAAAAAGACAUUUUCACCCAACGGGGGAAAGAAGUUCGACAGGAAGUUCAAAGGGAAAGAUUCCAUGGGGACCAAAUUUGGAGGGAAGCCCGGCAGCAAACCCGGCUUUAAAAAGCAGUUCAAACCAUACGACAACUCACAGAAGAAAGAUGAUGGGGGGAAGAAGAAGUUUGGAUUCACGAAACAAGAAGGUCACAGCUUUCAGAAGAGGAAGAUGCCAACAGACGAUGGCGGACAUGGACAAGGAGUUCAGAAGAAGAUGAAAAUGACAGCAGAUGGAGAAAAAACAGACUGGGACGACUUUCAAGGAGCAGAAGAAGACUUGAAGAACCACCGACAGCAGUCGGAGAAGAAGGACAUCUUUGACAUCAUCUGUCGCGCAAAACAAAUCUGGGAGGCACUGCGGAGAAAGGACUGCACCAGUGAAAAGAAAGCAAAGCUGAUGGAUGAGCUUCAUCCGCAUGAUCCAGGGCAAGAUCAAACAUUGGCGUUCGCCCAUGACACGGUCAGAGUGCUGGAGACGUUCAUACAGUUUCCAACCAAUGAGCAGAGACAGGAAGUCUUCGAGGACCUCAAAGAUGACAUGGUGUGCUGAGUAAGUCCAAAAUAUGGCCGACAUCUGGUGAAGCGAUCUCUCAUGUACGGGAAGAAGAGCUGGUUGCCGAGGUUAAUGCAGACGUUCAAAGGAAGCGUGCGUCCCAUGCUUCGCCACGCCACGGCGUCGGCCAUCAUCGAGUACGCCUACAACGACAAGGCCGUCCUCGCCCAGAGACUGAUGCUGACAGAGGAGCUGUGGAACACCUUCACCCUCAGCAAGUCCCCAGAGUGUCCGACUCUAGAGAAGGUUGUUGCGCCGAAUCCUGACAAGCUGCUCCGCAUCCUGGAUGAGAUGAAGUCCACACUCACAACCAUGGCACAGAAGGAACAGGUCAUCAAACACUCUCUGGUCCACAAGGUGUUCCUGGACUACUUCCUGUUUGCUCCUGAGAAACAGAGAACGGAGAUGAUCGAGGCCAUCCGAGAGGCCGUGGUGUACAUGGCGUACACACACGAUGGGGCCCGCGUCGCCAUGCACUGUCUCUGGCACGGCACCCCCAAGGACAGGAAAGUCAUCAUCAAGACUAUGAAGACGUACAUGGUGAAGUUCGCUACGGGGGAGUUUGGACAUCUGGUCCUGCUGGCCAUAUUCGACUGUGUGGACGACACCAAGCUCAUCAAACAAACCGUCUUAGCGGAGCUGCUGACCUCUCUGGACGAGGUGAUCAAAAAUAAGUAUGGAAAGAAGGUCCUGCUGUACCUGCUGAAGCCCCGCGACCCCGACCACAUCCUGCCAGAGGCCAUCAAGUUCCUGGAGAAGGGAGACAGCAACGCACACAGUAAAAAGGAACCAGAGAUCCGUAAGAAGGAGCUGCUGGAGGUGGUGUCCCCGCCCCUGCUGGAGUAUCUCCGUGACAACGCCGUCAGCAUGGUGAUGGACAAGGGUCUGAGUGUCAUUGUGAGGGACAUCCUGCUGUCAGCGGCGGGGGACCUCCGGCCUGCCAUGAAGGCCGUGGCAAAGCCCGCCUCCCUGGAGCUGGUCCCGGGGGGGAUUAACAAACAGCUCCACAUGGCGGAGCACCCAGCCGGCCAUAUCGUCCUGAAGUGGCUGAUAGAGAACGACAAGGCGCUGGCGGAGCUCGGUAGAGAAGAGCGGUUCAGCAGGAUACUCGUGGACACGGUGGGGGAGGAGCAGCUCGGGACCUGGGUGGCCGUCAACAGAGGGGCCCUGAUCCUCUGCAGUCUCCUGAAGUGUGUGGACCAGAGUGUGGUGGAAGAGGUCCGGUCGGAGUUGGAGGCCAUCGUGCCUAAACUCCGUAAGAUGACCGACAACAAAGGAGUAGAGAACAUUCUGGAGCAGCUCUCUGCUCAGUGAUACUGAGCACAUGCAUCACACCACACACGCAUACACACCGUCUCCAAGCGUUGUUUAGAAUUACACUCUCCCAUUCAGAUAUACCAAAUCAUUCAAUAAUGAAAGCAGUGAGUGAUGUCGUGCCGCUCUACAGCGCGAGAUAGAAGUCCUAUAGGCUGUUUGCUCUGGUUCCCAACCAUUACGUCUGAUCCUUGUUAACUGUACCGUUUCUAUUUGCAGAAAUAAUUGAAUAAUAAAUGUAAAAACAUUUAUUCUAUGUGAAACUGAAUUAUAUAAGUUGUACUUACUGAAAAUAUGUGUAUUAAAAUAGCUUUGUCGACA